AUGGCAACCAAAAGUUCUAUCACCAACAGUGUUGUUCAUGCUGCUUCCAAUGACACUAGUAACAAUAAAAACGAAAAAGAAACAACCAAGAAUGUGGUCGUUGUUGCUUCUGAUGACAGUAGUCCUAUCAAUGAACAAAAUGAUAAGAAAGCAACAGGAAUCAAGAAUGUUGGCAACGUGCCUAAUGAGAGUACUCCUAACAUCGUAAAAGAAGACGAAAAACAAAAGAAAAUUGAUACAAGUAUUAUUUCGUUGGAUAAACUUAGUCUUGGUCCUAAAAAGAAACUACUUGUGCUUCCUCUUGGCGGAUUCAUUGUUCACCGAGCACAUCGUAGGGGGCUAAACACCAUCCCCAAAAACCGCCGUCCUGAUUUCUCUUUUGGAAAUUUUUUUGUAUACAAAAGGCCAUUUUGUGAAGAGUUUUUGAAGUUUUGCUUUGAAAGAUUUCAUGUUGGAAUAUGGUCUACUACUAGCGAGCAUAAUUUACUAGGAGUGUUGAACCCUGUUAUGGGAGAUCUCAAAAGCCAGUUAUUGUUCACUUGGGAUCAUAAACAAUGCACAAAUACAGGAUUCACGUGUUUGGGUAGCAAAGACAAACCUUUGUUUCUGAAAGAACUUGAUGGUAUAUGGCAGAAAAAGUACUCGAAUCUUGCUUGGUGUGAUGGUGAAUACUCGGCAUCUAACACGUUAUUGGUCACUGAUCCUGUGAAGGCUCUUUUAAAUCCUCCAAACACCGCGAUAUUUCCUCAGAAUUAUGAUCCUGAGGAUAAUGAAGAUGAUUUUUUAGGUCCAGGUGGUGAGCUACGAAUGUUCUUGGAUGGGCUCGCACAUGCUAAGGAUGUGCCAACUUAUGUGAAGGAUCACCGGAUAGGGGAGCCUGCAAUUACAUCUUCUCACUCGGAUUGGGGCUAUUAUUCGAAGAUAAUUCGUGCUCUCGGGAAGAAGGAAAUGACUGAUCAUAAAAACUGAUCUGAUUUAUGAAGUUAA